CUCUCUCUCUCUCUCUCUCUCUCUCUCUCUCUCUCUCUCUCUCUCUCAAUAUCUCAUUUUCUGCUUUCUUUCUUCUUUUUCUCUAUCUCUCUCUAGCGUCAUCUCUCGGUUGAAUAUCUCCGAAAAGAUGUAUUUUCUCUCACCUUGCCUUUCACCCUUUCUUUCUCUCUUCCUCUGAUAGGUUUAUUCUUUUCAUUCUGUCUUCUCCCUUCCGUUCUAUCCCAUGCUACCACUUUGUAAUCUCUCUAAAAUGACUAAUGUUCUCUCACUCUAUCUCUUUUCUUACUUUCUCUAAUUGUUUGUCUCAUUCCAUCAAACAAUCUCUGUCUCCUUCCGUAUUCCAGUCUCCCAUUAUCGCUGCUACCCACAUUGUACUUUCCUUACUUCAUCUUAUUUUCUACACUUUGUCCAUAAUCUCCGUCAUAUACCAUCUCCCAUUCUCUGUCUCCCCCUUUCCUCCCUUCCCCUCUAUCGCCGCUCCCCGCUUCACGCUCCUCUAGAACGGUACACUUUCAAGUCAGUGAACCGCAGUGAAAGUGAGCCACCUGGAUGAGUGACCUCUGUGCUUUUCUCGUCAGCGCCUCCGUUUGGCCCGACACCACAGACACAACAGCUGAUCCGAGGAGCCUGUUUGUGUGCGAAUAGUGGAAGAAGGAAGGACAAUAGGACAUGGAGGUGAACAACAGGAAGCACUCGGCGGGGUCGGUUUCCAAUGCGAGUGUCGGAGGGAGAUCCCGCCUCCUGUCCCUCACCCCCUUCACCGGCCCCAGCAGGUCGAGGGCGAACUCCUGCAGGCUGGAGAUCGUGGACAUGCCGGGGGGGCCCAUGCUGGUGGAGCUGAACGAUGACGACAUACCCUUGGACCCGGUGGCGGGGGGGCGCGGCAGCGUGGUGGGGGGCGUGGUGGGGGCGCCCGACACACACCUCGUGGACAAGAUCAUCAAGCAGGAGAUGGCCCACCACAGUCCAGCGGUGGGGGCGGAGCCGCGGGAGAGUAUAAGGGUCGCUGAAGGGUCGGGGAGGAAGCAGAACAGCCCCAGGGUAGGGGAGGACGAGGGCCUGGAAGCGAAGGAGCCUGUGCUUGCCUUCGGCGCCACCAACCUGCUCCAGCACCUACACCUCGCCCUGGCCUCGCCCGCGCUCUUCCGCCUGCCUGCUCUCGCCUACAAGUGGAGUUCACCGGAGGGAUCGGGCUUCCUGGGGGUGUACACGGUGCUGCUGCUGAUUCUGGCGCCGCAGCUCAGCAUCUUGGAGCAGACUAUGGCGCAGUUCUCCUCCCUGGGCCCCACCACUAUCUUCAGGUCCCUUCCCAUCCUCACAGGCGUGGGCGUGGGCAUGGUGUGUGUGUGCGCGGUGCUGAUGCCCUACACUAGCACCGUGCUGGCCUGGACCGUGCAGUACACCGUGGAUUGCCUGCAGAAGGAGGUGCCCUGGAGCACGUGUCCCCCGGGAGCUAAGAACACCACCUGCCCCGACGAGCUCUCCCCCAGCGAGUAUUACUUCAUGCGGACGCUGCUGGGGACGAACAGCGAAGAGGACGGCAACUCGCCAAGAGGCGAGCAGGGUGUGGUGCUGAGUCUGGGUCUGACGCAAGGGCUGGUGUGGCUCGGGGUGAUCCUGGCGGUGUGGCGCGGCGAGGCGUGGCGGGCGGGCGUGGUGUCGCGGGUGUGGGCGCUGGUCACCGCGGGCGUGCUGGUGGUGCUGAUGGUGUACGGCCUCCAGGAGCCCUCCAGCGGCGUGGGGCUCGGCCAGGCCUUCAUCUUCACCUGGCACGACCUGGACAAGCCUGACCUCUGGCUGGACGCGUUUGGACAGGUGCUGUGGACGGUCGGACCCUUCAUCGGUCUGCUUAUCAACCGGGCGAGCUACAGGCACUUCAGGGACGCGAUCCGCCAGGACGCCUACACCUCCGUCGUGGCCAACCUGGUAGUGGCGAUGGUGUCCUGCCUCGCCGUCUUCCCCUUCCUCAGCCACCCAGUCGAGAAGACUCCGGGCUUCUUCCUGGUGGAGUCCUCGAAGGCGAUGAUGUCGAUGGAGGUGCCGCAGCUGGGGGGCGUCCUGCUCUACCUGGGGCUCUGCAAGGGACUCUUCGACCACACCCAGAUCCUCGCCUUCACCGUCACCGUGGGCGUCUCAGACCUCCUGCCGGGGCGCUGGCGGGGCGGCGGGAGGUUCUUCUUCUGCUGCUUCGCCGUCUGCGUCUUCGGGUUCCUCUGCAGUCUUCCUUACGUCACCCACGAGGGCGUGUUCCUGGUGAAGGCCUUGGACAACUACGUGCCCUGGGCCAGCGGGCUGUUCCUGGGCGUGCUGGAGGUGGCGGGGCUCGUAUACCUCUACGGCGCCACCACCAUCGGCCAGCACUUCAAGUUGAUGCUCAGGAGUGACGUGUCGGUCAUCGUCUUCCUGUGGCGCUUCUUCCUCAUGCCCAUCCUGCUGGCGCUGGGCGUGUGGGCGUGCGUGGUGGGCGUGAAGGAGCCGCUAACGUGGGAGGAUACGCAGCUGUCGGAGGCGCGGGAGGAUGCCUACAAGGUGGUGGCCCUGGUGUUGGCGCUUCUCCCGGCCGGCGUGGCGGUGGUGGUGACGGCGGUGCAAGUCUUCAGGCACGCACGGGAUUUUCAUCAGCUGCUGGUGCCAAAUGAGUCGUGGGGACCCGCUCUGGCCGGGCACCGCGCUCUCUACACGCCGGGGAUCCUGCGGGCAAAGGCAAGGGCGCCCUAUCUCGUGGUGCAGAUGGAUACUGAAGGCGAGAAUGAGCUCCCAGGGAAGGGGUGGCUGCCUUUCGGGUUCUUCUGGGUUCCUUCCAAAUCCGAGACGCAGCUGCUGCCCUCUAGCGACGGCCCCACCAAGAUGCUGCUCGCCAGGUACCUCAAGAGUCGCUUCAGGGACGUGAAGGACAUAACUGAGGACGACGCGGGGAAGGCCGAGGAGGAGCGUGACGAGGGCUCGGAGGCUGAGGCGGCGGAGCAGUGGGUGCAGAAGGAGGUGGAGGCCGCCCCGCAUGAGGGCACCAACAGCCUCGUAUCCUCGGGCGUUGUCCUGCACCCGAAGACCCUCGUCGAGAACCAUACGCAACACCUCCGCUGAUCCUGACACGCCCACUCCUGAGGGCACGGCGACGUUGAUUCGCCUUCCUGUUCCUGUACUGCUCCUUACACUCGCAUUCUUCAAGGGACGGCUUGCGACCCUCCUCUGAAUCGCGACAUAAUACUCGAUAGAUCGACAUUUUUACGCGAUAGUUACAAUUAUACCAGACGGCGGGAGGCUCACAGCUUUUAGUACUUACUGUCCAGAAACUUUCAUAUGGGCCGCGCGGGUAAUAUACUUUGGCUUAGAUCACACCGGUUCGCAGUAGGAAAAGUUUGACCUCUACCUUAGACAGUGACUCAUAAGAGAGAGAGAGAGAGAGAGAGAGAGAGAGAGAGAGAGAGAGAGAGAGAGAGAGAGAGAGAGAGAGAGAGAGAGAGAGAGAGAAGUCCGCUGCUCCGUCGGCCGCAUCGAGUCUGAACUGAUCGAGGAGGAUCUGUUUUUCGGACGACACAUGGAAGAGGAUGAAGUGUGACAUAUAAUCUACAGGUCUGGGAGGGGAGAGAAACAACGAGAACUCACCACGCAAGGAUAAACAAAUAUUAAACUCUAAAAACAUGUACCCGUUGGAAAGCUUACCUCCCCGUCCUUCACCCAGCGGUAUGUGGUAACACUGUGCGCAUGUGUUUCCCAACAAACUGACAGCAGUGGCCAGCAGAGGAGGUGACAGCCAGGACAUUGCUAACAGCGGUUGUGGUUAUGAUGGUAGUGUCAUCGAUUGAGCGCUUAGAAAUGGUGGGGGUAACAGUGGUGAUGACAGUGAUUGUGGUUUUAGCGGCAUUAAUACCCGACACUACCCUGGUGACGGUGCCUACAUGGGUGGUGGUGGGCGUGGUGGGUGUGGGUCUCGCGCUGACGGCAAGAACGACCCUGAAACACGUCGACAAACACACCAACAAACACAAAACCCCCAACACCGUGUCGCCCAGCUGCCACUCCUCGCCAUACCCACCUCGCACCCGGCUGUCCCUUCCCUCGUAACAUAACAGUGUGAAGCGGUUAACCUCACUCAUCUGUCAUCACCGUCGUCAUAAAGCUCUUCACUGUUCGCCGUUUGUCUGUUGAUUGUUAUGUCAUUACAGCACAGUUUCCAUCACUUGGGUUCGUUGUAGUGGUGGUUAUACUUGGCUGUGGAGCAUGUAAAUAACACAAAUACAGUAAAAAUAGCUUUGUUAGGAUAGCUGUAGAACAUUAUACUGUGUGUGUGUGUGUGUGUGUGUGUGUGUGUGUGUGUGUGUGUGUGUGUGUGUGCCAGGAACGAGAGCUUCCGUGUUGAAAUUUCUAUACGGAAUCCUUAUUAAUGAGAACAGAGAGAGAGAGAGAGAGAGAGAGAGAGAGAGAGAGAGAGAGAGAGAGAGAGAGAGAGAGAGAGAGAGAGCAA